GCUCGUUUGGAAAUUGCAUCGUGUGAAUCGAAACGGGAGAAGGAGUUGAAUCAUAAUCAAGAAAAGGCUGAUAUAACCAUCGAUAAUAUCGACGUUGAGGAGUAUCUGGGAGAAGAUGAAAUUGUCUUUCCAUCUCAGGAAUUUUCUCAACAAGCACAUAUUCCUACCACUCAAAAGUAUUUGGAUAUGUACAAAAAAUCCAUUGAAGAACCUUCAGAAUUUUGGUCUGAAAUUGCAUCAUCUGAGUUCUAUUGGACAAAGGAAUGGAAUCAUCACCAACCCUUCUCUCACAAUCUUCAUAUUUCCCAAGGCAAUAUUAAUAUAGAGUGGUUCAAGGGUGGGAUUACAAAUAUUUGCUACAAUUGCAUAGAUAGGAACAUAGAAGGUGGAUUGGGAGACAAAAUUGCAAUGUAUUGGGAAGGAAAUGAGCCUGCUUUUGAUGCUUCUUUAACCUACACCCACCUCCUUCACCAAGUUUCCCAAGUUGCUAAUUUUUUGAAAGACAUUGGAGUAAAAAAGGGAGACACUGUCCUGAUUUACUUGCCAAUGAUUAUGGAACUUCCCAUUGCAAUGCUAGCUUGUGCUCGCAUAGGUGCCGUCCACUCGGUUGUAUUUGCUGGAUUUUCUUGUGAAUCACUUGCUCAAAGAAUAAAUGAUUGCAAACCAAAAGCUUUGGUCACUUGUAAUGCUGCAAAAAGAGGUUCCAAAAUCAUCCAUCUUAAGGACAUUGUCGAUGCUGCCCUCAUCCAAUCAGCUAAAGAUGCCCAUUCUAUUGAUUCGUGUUUGGUUUAUGAAAACAAAUCAGCUUUGGAUAAAGAAAGCACUCCAUGGAAAGAAGGCAGAGACUUAUGGUGGCAGGAUGUGAUUCCUAAAUAUUCAAAGAGUUGUGACGUGGAAUGGGUUGAUGCUGAGGAUCCACUAUUUUUGCUUUACACAAGUGGGAGUGUUGGAAAGCCUAAGGGAGUCGUUCAUACAACAGGUGGAUACAUGGUGUACGUCGGUACUACUUUCAAAUAUGUUUUCGACUAUAAACCUUCUGAUAUUUACUGGUCCACGGCUGAUUGUGGUUGGGCUGCGGGGCACGGCUAUGUGACGUACGGACCAUUGCUUAAUGGAGCCACUGUCGUUAUUUAUGAAGGGGUUCCAAAUUAUCCAAAUUCAGGGAGGUGUUGGGAAAUAGUGGAUAAAUAUAAGGUCUCCAUUUUCUUCACUGCUCCCACUUUGCUGCGUUCUCUCAUGCGUGAUGGGGACAAGCAUGUUAAGCGUUACUCUCGAAAAUCUCUACGGGUGCUUGGAAGUGCAGGCGAGCCGAUUAAUCCAGCUACAUGGAGGUGGUUUUACGAGGUGGUGGGUGACUCACGGUGUCCUAUUUCGGACACGUGGUGGCAAACCGAGACGGGUGCCGCUAUGAUUACUCCAAUUCCAGGGGCAUGGCCACUGAAGCCUGGUUCUGCUACUUUCCCAUUCUUUGGAGUUCAGGCCGUGAUCGUGGAUGAAGAAGGGAAUGAAAUAGAAGGAGAAGGCAAAGGGUAUUUAUGUAUAAAAGGGUCAUGGCCAGGGGCAUUAAGGACACUUUACCGAGAUCAUGACAGAUAUGAAACCACAUAUUUCAAGCCAUUUCCUGGAUAUUAUUUCACUGGUGAUGGUUGUACAAGAGAUAAAGACGGAUAUUUUUGGAUUACUGGAAGAGUCGAUGAUGUUCUUAAUGUUAGCGGACAUCGAAUCGGGACAGCAGAAGUGGAAUCUGCGUUAGUUUCACACCCUCAUUGUGCAGAAGCAGCAGUGAUCGGCAUCGAUCACGAGGUUAAAGGCCAGAGCAUUUGGGCAUUUGUUACGCUCGUAGAGGGAGUUCCUCAAAGUGAAGAGCUCCGAGAGAGCCUAAUACAAACCAUUCGAACACAGAUUGGAGCGUUUGCAGCACCUGAUAAGAUCCAUUACACAAAUGAGCUCCCAAAAACAAGGAGUGGAAAGAUAAUGAGAAGAGUUCUGAGAAAGAUUGCCUCCAAGCAAUUGGAUGAGAUUGGAGAUACCUCAACGCUUGCAGACCCUGUUGUCUUGGAUCAACUUAUUGCACUCGUUCAUUCUUGAGUGACCCGUCAAUAAAAAUGACUUCGAAAAAAGCUCGAUCUGAUUUUCUUGUAUAAAUCUUUCGGCUAGGUGGUUUUAUUCAUGGACUUAAACGUUCACAAAACUCUUUUAAAAAAAUGUAUACGUCAUGAUCUGACCUAAGGGUUACAAUUUAAAUGAAGAGUACGACUACUCUGAUGGCACGUAUAGGGAUGUCGGUAUCAUUUUGGCUAGAGUAUUUAAAACUAGUCAAUAAGUACUAUUUUAUGUAUGUGUAUGUGUGUUGUUGGAAGAAAGUCCC